ACAUUUCAUCUCUGAUUGGGCCAAGCAGUGUGGGCCGGAGUUGGGUCCUUCAAAUGUAAACCCACGUCCCCACACGACCGGCGGUGUCACAAGAAAUUGUUCUCCGGCGCAAAAGAGGCAAGAGGGUCUCGGAGGCUGUCUUCUUAAUUUCUGCUGUUAACAGAUACAUAAUGAUUUGUAGGAUCAAGAGUUGGGUUUUGAUCAAACAAAAAUGCCUGGUAAUAAUCUGAGGCUACGUUGAGGAUGAAAGGACUUAGCUUUCUCCACUUGACAACAGCAACUAACUCUCUGUUUCCAAAUUCUCAGAGGGUGUUUUCCACGAUUAAACUACUACAACAAGAAGAAAAAGCAAAACACUUGCUCUCUCUAUUACUCAAAAACCCAACAAUUCACCACACCACCCAACAAAUCCACUCUCAGUUACUCACCACGGGCUUACUUAACCACUCAAUGCUUCUCUUCAACACUUUGCUCAGAUGCUAUUCUCUCAGUGAUUUCCCUCAGUUAUCUUUCCUUCUCUACCACCAACUCCAACAAGCCUACUUCCACUCCCCUUCUUUAUCACCCCCUUCAUUUGAUAGCUUUGCCUAUACAUUCCUUGUAAAUGCAAGCACCAAUCUUUCUUGUCUGGGUAUAGGAAGACAGUUUCAGAGUCUUAUACUUAAAGUGGGUUUUCAGUUUCAUGUUUAUGUACAAACUGCACUCGUUAAUUUGUACUCUGCUAGUGGGGUUUUAGGUGAUGCUCUGCUUGCGUUCGAUGAAAUGCCUCAUAGGAAUGCAGUUACGUGGAAUGUGAUGAUUACUGGGUUGGUUAAGUGGGGUGAGAUUGAAUUUGCUUGUGCUCUUUUUGAUGAGAUGCCGGAGAAAAAUGUUGUAUCGUGGACUGGGAUUAUUGAUGGGUAUGUAAGGAUGAAUAGGUACAGUGAAGGUUUAGCUUUGUUUCGAAGAAUGGUUGUCGCUGAGGAUAUCAAACCAAGUGAGAUAACUGUUCUUGCAAUUCUACCAGCCAUUUCAAACAUGGGAGAAUUGAAAAAUUGUCGAUUGAUCCAUGGUUAUGGAGAAAAAAAGGGAUUUAAUGCGUCUGAUAUACGUGUCACUAAUUCGAUUAUAGAUACUUAUGCAAAAUGUGGUUGCAUAACGAGUGCGUUGAGAUUUUUUGAGGAGAUUUCUGUAGAGAGGAAAAACUUGGUAUCAUGGACGUCAAUCAUUUCUGGGCUUGCAAUGUAUGGGAUGGGAAAGGAAGCAGUGGAAAGUUUCGAGGGGAUGGAGAAAACAGGUUUGAAGCCUAAUCGAGUGACGUUCUUGAGUGUUUUGAAUGCCUGUAGUCAUGGAGGAUUGGUUGAAGAGGGGCUCAAGUUUUUCCAAAAGAUGGUGAAUGAGUAUUGCAUUGCGCCUGAUAUUAAGCAUUACGGGUGUUUAGUAGACAUGAUGGGCAGGACAGGCAGGUUAGAAGAAGCAGAGAAAUUGGCUUUGGGAAUUCCUAGUGAAAUUGUUAAUGUUGUGAUCUGGAGGACUCUUUUAGGUGCAUGUAGCUUUCAUGGUAAUAUCGAGAUGGGUGAGAGGGUGACGAGGAAGAUAAUGGAGAUUGAGAGAGGAUAUGGAGGAGAUUAUGUCCUCAUGUAUAACAUAUUUGCUUGUGUUGGGAGGUUCGAGGAUGCUGAAAGGUUGAGAAGAUUGAUGGAUGAGAGAAAUGCCUUAAAAGUUCCUGGACAUAGUUUGGUCUGACCAAUUUGCAAUGAUGGGUCAGAUAGCUCUAGACAGAUAUUGUCUUUUGCCUUACAACUUCUGAAGCCAAGUAAAAGACAGUGGCUCAUGAAUGUCAAGACCACAUAGAUCAUUAUAGAGAUGCUACUGGAGUUGCUUCUAAUAUCUUUGGGCAUCUAACACCCAUUUAUCGGCAUCUGGUUGAAAUGAUGCCAGGAAAUGGAUAUGGCUUACAUGAGAGGGGAUGGCACAGGCACCUGGCUGUUAACCAAUGACUAACUACUAUUAUCUUUUCAGUAUGCCCAUCUCUAUUCAAGUAUGUAAGCAGGUGAUGGACGUUUUGCCUUUGUUGAUCCAUAUCAUCAAAUGCUCCUCAUGUUUCUUUCAAAUGAUGCAGACACACGUAGCAAACAGAAACCAAAGAAUAUGAUCUGGAAGCAAAUCAAGCAUCACAUAGUUGAAUUCAGACAAAAUUUUGAAUUGUGCAUACCUGACAUUGUAAAACAAUGGAGACAAGAUAAUCUUGAGGAAUCACGUUUUCAUUCUGUUUAAUAAAUUUAUUUCUUUAUUAUACAAAAAUUUCUCAGUUUUAGUUUCCUGGCC